AUGAAUAAACCAUCAAAAAUUCCAUCAACUAAUGACAUAACAGAGCAAACACGAGAAGAGUUUAAUCAUCCAGAUGAUGACAUAGAACCUAUACAAGUAAAUUCUGAAAAAGAAGCAGAAACUGAGUUAGAUCAACUAAUUCAAAAAAUAGACGAACGACAAGAAUGGGAUACACAAGUAGAAUUCAUUAAUAGAGGUAUGGGACUUGUUAAAGGUGGUGCUUUAGAAUAUACAUCCUUUAAAAAAGGACUUCCAUCAAUAUAUCAUGGGCUAAUAUCUGCAGCAACUAACUUACGAAGUGCAUUACUAAAGCGAGCAUGCCUUUUUAUUGCUCAACUUGCAAAAGAAACAGGAUCUUCGUUUGAUCUUCUUGGAGAUUACAUCGGACCUCUCUCUUCUCUAUUUGGACAUGGUACACAGAUCAUUGCUGAUAGUACUAAGUUUGCUGUAUUGUCGAUUGUUACUAAUUCUCCAUCAAAAAAAGUUUUAUUAUCAAUUUUUGAUUUGUGUAACUCUAAAGGAGCAACGCAGAGAGCUGUUGCAUCCGAGUCAAUCUCUAUAAUCUGCUCCAUAUGGCCUUCUGAGCUUUUAGAGUCUUCUUUUGAUAAAUUUGAGCAAAUUAUUAUAAAAUAUUUAGCGGAUGCAUCAUCAGAAACGAGAAUCUUUGCAAGAAAUGCAGUCAGAAACCUCGGCCAAACAAAUCCAUCGAGAUACCAAUCGAUUUUAUCGAAAAUCGACGAAAGAACCAAAAAAGCCAUCGAAUCAGCAGAACCAACGCCAAGAACAGAGACUCGUGUAUACAAGAAAGUACAAAGACCAGCACCACGUGAGAUAAAUACAGAGAAAGAACCAGAUCAAAAAGAUCAAAUCAACAAAAACAAAGAAUUACUAAGAGAACAGCAAAAACAGAAGCUGCAGGAGUUCGCAAAGCAAAAGAAACACAACAUGGAAGAGAAAGAAUCAAGAAUUCCAACGAAAAAUCGUUCAGAAACUCCAAGAAAAAUAAUUAAACAGCCAUCUUCAACGAAAUCAUCAAUUCCUGUGUUACAUCAUAAGGUAGAGACACGACCAAACCGUUCUUCAUCGGUUAAAUCAAACCAUCAGAACAAGAGACUUGGAAAAUUGCCAACUCCGCCAGAUUCUCACAGAUCUACAAUAUCCGAAACGAGAACAGACGAAGAGAAGCAUAGACAAUCGAAUGUUAUCAAGAGAACUUACUCAUUUGAUGGAGAUGAGAAGAAAUUCCUGAAUAAAAUAAAAAUCGAAAUUAAAUCAGGUCAUAUUGAAGAUUUACGAGAUGAUAUUGCUUCAAUCGGUACUACAGUAUUGCAAAGCUGCCUGAAUAAGAACUCAGAAAUACAGAAAAUCGCAUUUAAUAUUUUAUCAGAUUUAUUAGAUGCUUUUGCAACAUAUUUUUCCAAUGUUUUGCCGAAAAUAAUUACUCUCCUGUUGAGAACAACCCAGAAUGCGAACAACAGAGAGCUCCAAAAGACUGCAAGAAAUUUAUUAGGUCAUAUCCCCGAAAUCUUCCCUCCUUCGGACGUAAUAAAUGGUAUAAUGGAACAGCAGAGCCUAUCCCCGGAGUUAUUACUACUGGCCAAUUCUUUGGCAAAAAAUGCUUCAUUAUCAGACAACAAUUUAAUUCAAAGACUGCUCCAUAUUGUGCUUGAAACAAGUCACUCAUCCGAAGUAAGUUCAAGGCACUCGGCCGGAGAGAUCCUAAGAAGCAUUUUUAAUGGAAAUAGACCCGCAUUUGACAAUUUUGUGAAGAAUUUGCCUCCGUCUGAGAAAGAUUCAUUUACCAACUUCAUCAAAUCGUACGUACCAGGUGCAAUACCUAAGGAAACUGCUUCUACGACCUCAAAUCAAAAUGAAGCUGCAGAUUUUCCAAAAUAUUCUGAGAAAAACCAUGAUAAAUGGCUUUCUGAAGUUGAGAAAUUCUGUACCAAGCAUGAAAAUAUUGGAGAUUACAAUGAUUUUUAUGGAAUUGUGUUUCAAUCUCUCAAUGAGUCGCUUAUUCAGCAUAAAGACCCAAAUACAACGCUUGUUAUGAUCGCAAAGAUUAUAAAGAAGCAUGGAACUCUUGGAUUUCAAGUAAUUUUGGAAGAAUUACUUAAAAUCCCUGAUUCAAAGCCAAAAGAUAACGUUCUUGCAGCUAUUUUUAACUCUAAGAAUGGUCUGAAGGAUCUUGUGUCUAGUUUAUCAUCGAUUGUCUUUGAAUCCCCAAAUUCUGAUUCUGCAGAGAGGUCAAUUUCGAUGAUGACUCGUCUUAUUGUUAGCAACACUCUGGAGAAUGUUCAGAUUGUUGCUCCAACAAUAGGAAAGACGGCAACAGUCGGAAUUAACUCAGAAUCGAGUUCUGUCAGAAAAUCUUCUGUUUUGUGUUUUGUAGAGAUAAAAUGCAAGUCUCAGGAACUCGGAGACAACUACAUCAACCAGCUCUUGCCACAGCAGCAAAAACUUGUCUCGAUUUACUACCAAAAGAGAAAUUAA